AUGAAAGAUUCCAGAUCCUUUGAUAGCCGCGGCUCCGAUCCGCCGGCUGUUGAAAUUGUGGGCAGCGAAACUGAGUUUGACUUGGGUAGCGUGAACCUCAAUCCUCCUCCUCCUCUUGAAGAUGAGAGAGUUGGCGAUGUGGUUCUGCCCUCGGUUCUCAGCGAGCAAAGAGGAACAUCCAUCAAUGAAGGUCGCGCGGGACGCCCCUCUACUGGCACUCUGAGUAGAGAGGAAGCAGCAGGUAAGCAAGGCAUCUUGGCGAGGAUUGUUGUCGUUGGCAGUACUUUUGGAGACCUCCAUUGCGGUGGCAUCAUAGGAGGAAUUAAGGGUGGCAAAAUCUGCUUGAGCGGGGCGUGUCGAAUUGCCUCUCACAAAACCCACAGAUUCAAGGUCAGGCUGGAUGGGUUCGUGAAAGACAAAGACAAGAAGAAGCACUUUGCCUGGGUCGAACCCACAGUUAACUUAUCGCAAUGUCCAACAGAAGUCCAAGUGGAUAUCAGAUCUUGGAGUGUAUCUGAUCAGCCAAUUGACGCUCUCUGUACAGCGUUCGAGGAUCGAAUUGCAUCAGUAAGAGGUUUUGCGGCUGAGGUGCCUGCCUCGGUAUCAUGGGCUACCUCAGCUCCGGUACACAAGACAGUCAAGCAAUUGGCUACGUCGUUCCGCAAUGUGGCCACUCCUAUGAAGAUGAACAUUCAUAUCAAGCAAGAACAAGAGAAAGUUGCUCGUGAACAGGCAAAGCUCGAACAAACUCUUGCUGGUGGCAUCAAUAAAAACCCCUCAAAGACGCUCUCAAGGAAGUUCAAGAUGGUCCAGUAA